AUGUUGUCCUCCAUUUCGCUCUCUGCGAUCCCGUUCGUGCUGGCUGGCCUGCAAGCGGCGACCGUCAAUGCUGUUCCCACCAUUUCCGCCGUCGGUUCCAAAUUUUUCUAUGAAAAUGGCACCCAGUAUUACCUCAAAGGCAUCGCGUAUCAAUUGAAGCCCCAUGAUCCGCUUAUCGAUACUGCCCAGUGCAAGCGCGACAUUGUCCGCAUGUCCGAACUAGGCGCCAAUGCCAUUCGAGUGUACCAUGUGGACCCCAGUGCCGAUCACAAGGGCUGUAUGAAGGCGUUUGCCGAUGCAGGAAUCUAUCUUUUCGUCGAUCUGGAUACCUUUGACACUCAGAUUGAGCAGACCUCCCCCCAGUGGAGCCAAUCGCAGUUUGACGCUUUCAAGGAGGUCCUCGACGAGUUCCAGCAAUUCGAUAAUACGGCAGGUGUCUUUGUCGGCAACGAAGUCCUUACAACCGCUAAUGGCUCCCAUGCUGCGCCCUACGUCUUGGCCGCUGCCCGCGACAUCAAGGCAUAUCGUGACCAGAAAGGCUAUCGGGAGAUUCCCGUCGGAUACUCCGCGGCUGACAUCGCCGAGCUCCGACCCAUGCUCCAGAACUACUUGGCUUGCUCCCAAAACGCAUCGGAACGCCUGGAUUUCUUCUCAUUGAAUGCCUAUGAGUGGUGCGGCCAAAACACCUACGAGGGCUCGGGUUACAACCAGCUGCAGCUGAAUGCUUCCUCCUACAAUAUUCCCAUCUUCUUCUCGGAAACUGGCUGCAACACCGCCAAGCCGCGGAACUUUGGUGACCAGGCCGCCAUCUUUGGCUCCAAGAUGGCUGGAACGUGGUCCGGUGCGAUGAUCUACGAGUGGAUUGAGGAGAGCAACAACUACGGAAUUAUCAGUUAUGGGCCCUCGGUUGACCCUGCGACGGCCACGGGUACCAAUGUCGAAGAUGGCUUCACCCGCCAGGGCACGCCGACCCCCGUGCAGCCCGAUUUUGAUAACCUCAAGGCUCAGUGGGCGACACUCAGCCCCACGGGAGUGGCGCUUUCCGACUACAAGAAGCAAACUGGGUCCAUCUCGCCCAUGGAGUGUCCGUCCUCGACCUCGAACGGCUGGGCGGUUGACCCCAGCUCCCCGCUUCCGUCGUUGGGCCAGACGUACACCAAGCAAGCCGAGGGGGGCGCCAACAGCGCUGCCACCCAGACGGCCAGCUCGGCAGCGACCAGCGCCGGUGCCAGCUCCAGCACCACGUCCAAUGCGGCCAACCCUGCUGGACCCCAUGGUUCCACGGUCCCUGGUCUUCUGCUGCCCAUCUCCCUGCUCCUUUCCGCUGGUGUCGGAGCCGUUGCGUUGUGGCUGUGA